AGUGCACAUAUAACAGUCGGUUCGACCAUCGAAAUUAUCAGUUGCUCAAAAGCAUCCGAAGUGAAUAGUUCUAUAGGAAACGAAGAAGAAAACUCUCUCAAAAUGAGAACAUUUCUUUUUGAAUGUACAGCCGUCAUACUUGGUGUUGCCACCAUCGUUCAUGCCUAUCCACAAGGCUACGGAGGUGGGAGAGGCUCAGGUGGCUCCAAGGGAUCAAAUUGUCGAUUACAAUCCUUCACCACAUAUGAAGAAGUUUACGACGACGUGUGUGAAACCAAAUAUGAACGCGUAUGCAAACAAAGUUACAAGGAGGUAUGUGUACCCAAGAGAGACAAAGUCUGUCGGACUGAAAACUCUCGGAAAUGUGAACAAAAAAGAAGACAGAAAUGUUCCACUGCCUACCGAACGGAGACGGAAUCUUACCCCGAAGAGGUGUGCGAUGAUUAUUGGGAUCAGAAAUGCGAACAAACUUGGCAAGUCAACAGCUACGGAUCCAAAGUGUGGGUCGACGAUCCAUCCAAGUGUCAAAAGGUGAAGGAAGUCCGAUGCAAAACCGUGAACAAACAACGCCAAACAAAGGUUCCUUACCAAAAGUGCGCUUGGGAGACCUACCCUGAAUGCCGCAAUGUUCCCAAUCAGGUGUGCGAUUGGGUGACGAAACAAGAUUGCAAACAAGCUCCCUAUCAGGAUUGCAACAAUGUGCCAAAACAACAGUGUCGGCAAGAGCACCGGAGGAUUCCCAAAGUUUCACAAAAACAGGUCUGCGGCAAUCAGGGCGGCCGCAAGAGAUCAGGAGGAUAUAGCGCCCAAGCUGUUAGCGACGCUUUUAAUGGAGCUCAAGGCGGAUACGGCAAUAUUGGUGUUGGAAUGCAAUGAUGAUGGAUAGUGACUAUUGCUAGAAUUACUACUGUGUAGCUUAAAGUACGUUUACCAAAAACCAUGUUCGAAAUGGAAUCUUAAUUAUCAACAUACCGUACAAUCAAAUACAUACCUUGAAAUCAU